ACAACCCUGGUUAUUUUUUUUAAUUGAUUCAUUGUAUGUGUUUUGUCCAAUUUAAAUUUGUGUAUGGAUAAAAACAGUCAAUCCAAUACAAGCAUCAUUUCAUAGUUAUGAAAUGAGAUGCACAUUUGUAUCCUAGAAGAAGUCUUAGGAGAGGUAUUUGUCCCUUUCACAGUAGUGCUUGCUAUCAAGCAGUUUUGCUAAGUGUGUGUAUUUAAAAUAAUAAUAUUUUGAUUUUUAAAAAUCUGUCGCUCAGUUAAUCAGGAGCAGUUGUUUAAAUUUUUGUAAUAGGUCCAUCAAUUUACACAUUGCAGCUUAACUUAAUUAUUCCUUGCUGGGGGAAAAAUAAAGAAAUAAUGAAAAUGGAAAUGGACUGCCUUCAAGUCGAUCCCGACUUAUGGCGACCCUGUGAAUAGGGGUUUCAUGGUCAGUAUUCAGAGGGAGUUUACCAUUGCCUCCCUCUGAGACUGAGAGGCAGUGACUGGCCCAAGGUCACCCAGUGAGCUUCUUGGCCUUACCCAUUUUAACAGCCUUGUGUUUAUAAUGCAGCCCUAGGGGAGGGCUUGGUCCUGAACGGGUAUAUAAAUAAUAAAUCAGAAGUAAGCCCCACUAUUCUGGGGUUUACAACUAAAAACUACUAUAUAUAAAUAUUGUACAGAUUAGCUUUUUGCCGUUUUUCUUCCCUGUCACAAGUUAGGGUCCAUUUUUUAGGUCAGGGAUGGUGACCCUUAGCUCCGGGACUGAAUACGGCCCUCUCAAAAGCCUCUCUAUCUAGCCCCAAGCCACAUCCCCAACUGGCCCAGCUUCGCAUGCAUCCUCCUACAGCGUUUUUGCCUGGCUGGAAAACGUUCUUGAACUCAGAUCAUGCCAUUUGCUUGCCUGGAUGGAAGAUCAUUCUAGAGGAGUGCGUGAACGUGUGUAAAAGCUAGCCUCCCGUACAAAGGCUUGAAACAACUUCGAGGGAGGCGAAGAUCGCCAGUGGGUUGCAAUGCAACGACUGCAAAGCGAAGGGCAGAAGGAAAUAAAAAUGGAGAUGCAGGACCCCAAUGGACCUGAAAAGGGGGAAAACUCAGAGGUGGGCAAAACUGACCUUCAUGUUGUCCAGGUGGGGACCAGCACGGAGUUUUUGGCUGGGAUGACUCUGAAACAAAUUAAGCAGGAACCCGAGGAGGCGGCGGCGGCGCAGCAGUGCUGGGAAGCCAAGUGGCAGGAGUUCCUGAAGACGAUGCAGGCCCCGUGCUUAGGAUGGAGACCCCUGCAGCUGCCUCCACCCCACUCAGAGAAGGAAUUCUGGACCUCCUCCUUCAAGGAGGCCAGCUUGUGGCCGAGAGGAGAACAUCUGACCCCGACUCUCUCGGGCCUUAGUGGAAAAGCCACCCAGGAGGCCUACCGAAGUGGGCCAGAUGCCCUCGCAAAAGUGAAAGAAGAGAUGCCAGAGGAGGAACCCAUCAGCUUGGAGACAUGCUGCCAGCGCUUCAGGCAGUUCUGCUAUUGGGAGGUUGAAGGGCCCCGUGAGGUUUGCAGGCAGCUCCAGGGGCUUUGCUGCGAAUGGCUGAAGCCGGAAAGGCACAGCAAGGAGCAGAUCCUGGAGCUGGUGACCCUGGAGCAGUUCCUGAGGGUCCUGCCCCAGGAAAUGCAGAGCUGGGUCAGAGAAGGCUGCCCGCAGACCUGCACCCAGGCGGUGGCCCUAGCAGAGGAUUUCCUGCUGAGGCUGAAGAGAAGAGAAGGGCUGUUUCAGGAGCUGGAGCCUUUUGAGCAGGUGAUGGUUAAUUCCCCCAAGGCAGAACAGGACCCAUCAGACACUGAAGAGAUGCAGCUGUCCAUGGGGGUUGAGCAGGAUGGUGAUGAAGAAGCAAACUUGCUCAGUGAUGGGCAACUGAGUGACAAGGAGGAGGGGAAUUGUCGGUCAGAGGGACCUGAGCAAGCAGAAGCCACCCGGAUGCCCAGAAAAAAAGCCAGAGAGAAAUUGACCCAGGAUUCUCUGUUUGUUUCUGAAAGUGAGAACAAGGAGCAGAAUCUUCAGACAGAAAGAGCCAAGAAAGGUAGCGAGAUCUCUUUGGAAAGAGCCAGAGAGACUUUGUUCCAGGCGGCCGAAAGGCCUGGAAGUCAGCAACAGGUGGAACAACCUCAGGAAGACCCUCUGGGGAAGAUACUAAGGAAAAACUUUGACUGCCGAGAGGAAGCUGCUGUAACAAACAACGAAAGCCCCUCCCAAGAGAGAAACCCUGAAGAGGCGCCCGAAAAGACAGCCGAGGAGUGCGGGAAAAGCUUCCGCUGGAGCCUGGACCUUGCUCAGCCGGCAAAGGCGCAAUCGUACGAGUGCUCGUACUGUGGGAAAAGGUGGCCUUGCCUGUCUCAGCUGCGCCGCCACGUGAAAAUCCACACGGGGGAGCGGCCGCACAAAUGCACGGACUGCGGGAAAAGCUUCAGCACUAGCUCCAAUCUCAGCCAGCACAAACGGGUGCACACGGGGGAGCGGCCGUACAGUUGCAAAGACUGCGGGAAAAGCUACCGGCGCCGGGCUUCCCUGGUCCAGCACGAAAGGGAAACCUGCCAGAAGGGCAGCCAUUUAAACACCCCGGCGGUGGGGUACGUUGUCUUGGGAAACUGUACUUUGCUGUGCAUGAAGAAGUCGAGCCAGGGCGGACGGAACCGCAUGAUUGCGCCAAAGGGAGGAGAGGCCCCUCUGGCCGCUCAGCCCUUGAAUAUCUUAACGGGAUACGCACAGGAGAGAACCCACAGCGACGAUUAGCACGCAGGGGAAAAUGUCUGCUGCAGACAGUACCUUGUUCAACAAAAGAGAACUCGGGCCAGGAGAUUUACUCCAAAAAGUGCGGUCAAAGGUUUAUUUGGAAAUCGGCAGUUGCGGGAAAUGAACCCUGUGUGAGAGCAAUGCCCUGUAACAGCGCAGUGUGUGGAAACCUCUUUUCUUCUACCGUCAUCUGCAAAAGCUAAAGAGUUGGGCCAAAACAACCCUGGGAGGCGGGGAGAGUGCAAACACAAAGAACUACAAAAGGGAGCGCUUCUGGGGUAUACUAAAAAUAUGAGGUUUAUUAGGCUUGGCAUGUUUUUGAGUGGGAAUUCUAUGUCAUUACUUUGAAACAAAGAAGGCAGAGAAUGCUGUCCUAUUCCUCUCCUGGAAAAAGGUGAAACUUGAAACAUGCUGGCCCUAAUCAAUCAUACAUACAUCAAGGGUAGCCAGUGUAGUGCCAUCCAGAUGUUGUUGGACUACAGCUCCCAUCAGCUCCAGCCAACAUGGCCAAUAGCCAGGAAUUGUGGGAGUUGCAGUCCAACAAUAUCUGGAGGGCACUGCAUUGGCUAUCCCUACCAUACGUUUUCUAAAAUUAACAAAACAGGACCCGCCAAGUCAAGCACAGCCCACUAGUCAUGUACGGUGGCCUGCCAGGGACUUAACAAGCAGCCCUGUUUUUGCAGGCCCCAGUAGGCCACUGUACAUGGGCCAUGUUAACAAGGCUGCGAUGGGCUGCUUCAGCUUACAGAUGUGUACAGGGGUAUCACAGGUUGUGCAGGCCGGAUGCAAUGUGUGAUAGGAGUGGAACUGGAAGUCUGUUCAGACUGUGGAAAUGCCAGCAGUCUGAAGCCAAACCUUGGUCAGUGAGCACAAAUUCUACUUGGCAGUAGAAACAAUAUAAAUGUUUAAGAGAAACUC